GCAGGUUUUUCCUCCCGGAGCUGUCCUCUCCCCGCCUCGCCUGGGCCUGGCCCUCCUCGGCUGGCAUGCUCCCCUGUGCCAGACGCAGCCAGCGGGCGGUGGACGCUGCAUCAGGAUGCCCAGCAUCUUCGCCUAUCAGAGCUCCGAGGUGGACUGGUGCGAGAGCAACUUCCAGCACUCGGAGCUGGUGGCUGAGUUCUACAACACGUUCAGCAACAUCCCCUUCUUCAUCUUUGGGCCUCUCAUGAUGUAUCUGAUGCACCCCUAUGCGCAGAAACGCUCCUGCAGCAUUUACGUCUUCUGUAUCCUCUUCAUGGUCAUAGGCCUGUUCUCCAUGUACUUCCACAUGACCCUCAGCUUCCUGGGCCAGCUGCUGGACGAGAUCUCCAUCUUGUGGCUGCUGGCCAGUGGCUACAGCAUCUGGCUGCCCCGUUGCUACUUUCCCGCCUUCCUCAGGGAAAACAGGUCCCAGUUCACCCGCCUGGUCUUCAUCACCACCGUGGUCAGUACCUUCCUGUCCUUCCUGAGGCCCACGAUCAAUGCGUACGUCCUCAACGUCAUUGCCCUGCACAUCGUCUACAUUGCGUUCCAGGAGUACAGGAAGACCAGCAAUAAGGAGUUUUGUCAUGUCAUCGAGGUCUCCAUUCUGUUAUGGGCUUCUGCUUUUACCAGCUGGGUCAGCGACCGCGUCUUCUGCAGUUUCUGGCAGCGGAUUCACUUUUUCUACCUGCACAGCAUCUGGCACCUGCUCAUUAGUGUCACAUUCCCAUAUGGCAUGGUCACUAUGGCCUUGCUGGACGCCAGGUACGAGUUGCCAGACAAAACCCUCAAAGUCCACUAUUGGCCUUGGGACACUUGGCCAGUGGGGCUGCCUUAUGUGGAAAUCAGUAGUGACAACAAGAAAUGCUGAGCUCUGGGGGCUGGCCCCGUGGCCGAGUGGUUAAGUUUGCGCGCUCCG